AAAGAACUGAACAUAUGGUCCCACUACAGAUUAUAGAAAUCCUCCUUCACUCUUUCUAAUGAAAUCCAUACAGACUUCAAUGAGAGUAUUGUGUUUCUGCUGAUUUAAUCCAGGACCUGAAGUGAGUCUCUCAGACUGUGUAUGAACCUCAGAUACAGAUGGCUGGAACCUUCCUGGGGUCAAAGGUCAUGCUGUUGCUUUGCAUCAGCCAGCUGUCCGUCCAUCAUCAGCCUUUUCCCAGCGUUCCCUUUCUCUUCUUGUUUGAUUUUUUCCCUCUGGAUCCGGGGCGAGAUAUGAAGCGGCACCAUGGGUUUCAUGGAAUUCUACCUGGAGAUUGACCCCGUCACGCUGAACCUCAUCAUCCUGGUGGCCAGCUAUGUCAUCCUGCUCCUGGUCUUCCUCAUCUCCUGCAUCCUGUACGACUGCCGGGGCAAGGACCCCACCAAGGAGUACGCCCCGGACAACGCGCCGCCGCCGCCCAGCCAGUCGCCCAUACGCCUGGUGGUCAUGCAGAACUCGCCCGCCUCAUCCCGCUACGAGCCCAACAACACGACGGGCCACGGGGGCGAGCUGCCCACGCCGGACCUGAGCCGGGACAGAGGGGAGCGGGAGCGGGAAAGAGAGAGGGAGAGGGAGAGGGAGAAGAGGAGCACUCUGGUCUGAGGAAGAGGAGGAAGAGGAGGAGGAGUGCAUCACUUUGUACAGAUUUUUUUAGUUUUACUUUUUAACUUCUGGACGGUGCCGAUGAUGCUGAGUGGGUCAGCGGGAGGUAAGAGGACCAAAGGGACGACCCGAAACUGUUCAUAACCCGACCCCGACCUGAACCUGAACCUGAACCUGAACCCCCCUCCCCCCACGUCCUGCUAAUGAGCAAACGUGUACAACAGUAACAAAAACAUCAACAAAACGGGAAACAUU